GUUCUGAAGAGGAAACAGAGGCUCAUAUAUCAAUGAGGAUAUCUCCUAAAAAAAAUUAUGAUGUCCUAGGUCAGAGCUCAAACAGUCACAUGUCUAAAUCAGGAAAUUAUGCUCCUGAAGCUGGAUUAAAAUUUACUCGUCUAGUAUCGGGGCAAAAUUCAUUCAUGACGGCGAUGCAACCUCUUGGUGCAGUUGAAAGAAUCCUUAAAGUUCUUGAGAAUCCUAGGAAAAAAAAGUCGAAAUCAGAAGAUGUGAUUUGUUUGUCAACGUCUGAUGACAGCACUUCAUCUAGGCAAAUGCAUCAAUUUUCCAGUUCAUGCAGCUCAGAAAGUUCAAAUCUUCAGAGGGUCCCUGUUCCUGAUUUGCCUUACAACGAACCAUGCAGCAUUGAAAAGGUUUUAGAUUGGCUACCACCUAAACAGCAAGAAAUCAUUAUAGUUGAUGUUAAAAGUUUAAGUGAAUCAACAUCUGAAGAAUAUUAUUUUGAUAAUUCGAAGUCUGAAAUUCAAGUCAUAAUGGAGCAACAUCCUGUGGUUGUUAUAGAAGACUCUGAAGAUGAUCUCCCAUCUAGAAAUUCAAAUUUAUGUGCAGCUGCCAUUAGCCCCCAAACAGUCAAUAAAAAAACAGUACGAAAUCUAGCCAAACGAAGCCCUCCGGAUGUUUGUGUGAUCUCUGAUGAUGAAAUUCCUCAUACUUCUCUACCAACCAGACGACCCGUUGGUUUUCCCCCUCCAUCAGCACAAGCUCAAGUGGCUGUUAUAAAGCCUUAUACUGCAACACCUGCAGGACCAAGUCAGGAAGAGACAUCAGACUCUUCAGAGAUUUCAACAUUGG